CCCGAGGCAGUGGGGUUUGUGUCUGUGAGCAGGGGUCCGUGGGAAGGUGUCUGCCCUUGCCUGGGACUUGCCCACCCGUGUCUGGGUCUCUGGUUUCUCAGGGGGGCCCUGGUGUAGGCCCCAGCCCCCUGGGGGUUGAGUGGAGCCCCCAGUCAGGGUCUCUCCUGGAUCGGCCCAACCAAGGCUUUUGCGAGCUGGACAGAACCCCGGGACCCCUGGUUCCGAUCCCCUCAUUUUCAGAGGAGGAGAGUAAGACCCACAGAAAGAAGAGCCUUACUGGCUUGUUCCCCAACUUUGUCUCAAGCCGAUGAUCACCUCCACAUGUACUCCCGUUCGCUCUUAGGCCUCAUGUCACUCUUGUUGAACAGGAGGUCCGAGAAGGGCAGGGAGUCCCCAGAGGUCAGACCCCAGCGUGGCACCCUCCCUCAAAGAGAGGCGUCCCUCCUCUCUUGGACCCCAGGUGGGCCCCAGGGCUGCUCUUCUCCUAUCUCUGCCGAGGCUCUCCUCUGCGUCCUGUGCCCAGAAGGCAAAUGGGGUGCAGAGCUGGUGGAUAUGGGGCUUUGCCCAGGCGACCUUGACCUUUCAGAUGCAGCCAACGGACCCUCAUGGGGCCUGUGUGGAGGGGAGGGGGCCGAGCCCUUGGAGUGCUGUGGCCCAGUCCUGUGCCCAUCCUGGUUACCUGGACAUCCCACCACACACUGUCACGGAGGGCAGGUCCCCAGAGGAGGUGUACCUGCCUGUCCUGAGCAAAGCCCUGUGGCCCUGGGUGCUGGCUGAGCUGGCCCGCCACUGUGGGGAAGGCACAGAAAGCCCUGCUGGUCGGGGUCUGAGCGGAGCUCCCUCCUUUGCUGGGGCCUCACUUUUCUCAUCAGGCGGGCUGGGCGGUCCGCGCAGGGUGGGAGGGCCUUAGGUCUGUGGGAAUGUGAGCUCCUUGCUCUGUAAACAGCUGUGACUCACCGCACAACUAUGCCCUGGCGGCUCCAGGCCCUUGUGCGCUGACGUGUGCUGGAAUGACACCCGGCCGUGGAAAAGUUUCUCAGGGCUCUCCCAGCUGCCUGGCUCCUGCUGGCCCUCCAGGUGGUUUCUCUAGCACGGUGUGACCCCCGCACCUGGAGGGAGGGGCACUGAUUGUGCGCCCCCCUGCCCCCAACAGAUGCUGGGGGUCAGGCUGCCGUCAGGAAGCAGCUCCUGGUCCCUGCCGUGACCACCCCCUGCUGCUGCGUUGUCUGCGAGUCUAUCCCGGGCACACGCGUGGGGGUGCAGAGGAGCCCGGAGCCCCCUGAGGAUUUGCCUGGCCCCGGCCUUGCUGCUGUCCUGCUUGCCGUCGUCCAGCAUCAGCGCCCGGGAGUGUUGCCAGGGGUGACUGGGGGUCCAGCGGCCUGGGUGCUGAGACCCUCUGGUAGCGGAAGGCAGGCGAGCUGCUGGAGGCAGGAGCAGUGGGGACGGGUUAGGGUCCCGGGGCUGUGGGUGAAGGAAGGCAGGGUGGAGACACCCACCCGAGUCCCGCUCACCCUCGAGAUGGAGGCUCGGGUGAGGCUCCCUCUCUGGGACCCGCACCCCCGCCGCCCCCCGCCGUGCAUUUCUCCGAUGUUCUCUCUGCUCAGUUCACCAUGCCUGGCGUUUGGAACGUGGACCCUGGUCCCUAACCCAGUGACAGAGCGUGGCGGCAAGUCUAGAGCCGCGGGGUCACACGGGUUUGUUUACUGUCCCGCAACCUGUGCGUCUGCACCAGCCUGCCUGAAGCCAUUGUUGCUGUGGGCUUCUCCGUUGCCAUGGCGACCACCAGGGGCUGGCUACUUCCCAAGGUCGCCAUGGCAACUAUCAGAGGGGAAUCAUGCUUGGGAUGCUUUGGCUGGCUUUUUCAUGAAUGAUUAGAAUGUGUGACACAAUGCAGACGCGAAAACUCGAAGGGCGGGCAGUGCAGGGGCUGGCGGGCGCCGGGGACAACUCCCGCCAGACGGCCGCCCGAUGAGCUCGUGCAGCCGCGGCUCCCCACCUCCUGGAUCCUGCCCUGGCUGCGCAGGGAGACCCCGCCCACCCCGAGGGCCUCAGGUCAUGGCUGUGGGGCAGCCCAGGUGGGGGUGGUGAUGUCACAGCCGCAGUGCCCUUUGCAGAGUUCCAAUUUCCAAGCCCUUCUGCUCGGGUGACUGUGCCCAGGUUAUGACGACUAAUCCCAAACCAAACAAGGCGUUAAAGGUCAAGAAGGAGGCGGGCGAGAACGCCCCGGUGCUCAGCGAUGACGAGCUGGUGUCCAUGUCGGUGCGGGAGCUGAACCAGCACCUGCGGGGCCUCACCAAGGAGGAGGUGGUCCGCCUGAAGCAGCGGCGGCGCACGCUCAAGAACCGCGGCUACGCCGCCAGCUGCCGCAUCAAGCGGGUGACGCAGAAGGAGGAGCUGGAGCGGCAGCGCGUGGAGCUGCAGCAGGAGGUGGAGAAGCUCGCCUCCGAGAACGCGAGCAUGAGGCUGGAGCUCGACGCGCUGCGCUCCAAGUACGAGGCCCUGCAGACCUUCGCCCGCACUGUGGCCCGCGGGCCCGUCACCCCCACCAAGGUGGCCACGACCAGUGUCAUCACCAUCGUCAAGUCCGCCGACAUCUCCUCCACCUCCGUGCCCUUUUCGGCUGCGUCCUAGUGCCCGGCCGAGGGUGGGGCCUGGGGGGCCGCGGCCGGGCGGGCAGUGGGCUCCCCCCUCGUGCCCAUCAGACGAGCCCACGGGGAGCAGACCCCUUAACACCUGAGUCAAGCACAGACUCGCGGCGGGGACGGGGGUGCUGGCUGAAGAUGGGGUCUUGUGAGACCGUGUGCUGCACGCCUUCCCACACGCACGCACACGCAAACACGCACACGUAUGCACCUGGCCUUCCUCUGGGCCCCACUGGCUCUCUCCGGACCGUCCUUUUCUAGGGGUGUGUGUCUUGCGCCAGGGGGUGUCGGGAUGUACAGAGGGAAGGUCCUCGGGAGGUUCCUGGCCCUGUGGCCCAGACGGCGGGGGCUCUGUCUUCCACCCCUCCCGAGAGUGGCCCGCCGUGGUCCACCAGCCGGUGCAGGAACCCCCUUGCUGCCCUGAGCUCUGGAGCCGCAGGGCGAACCAUGUGCCCCUGGUGAUGAAAAGCACCGUGACCCUGCUUUUAGCCUUCCCAGAGACCUGCACCCCGCGAGGCAGAGGGCGGGAGGGGGGGCCACCCAAGGGGCUAUGUGUCCGUGCACGCGUGCCCCGGGACGUGCCUGCCAACGCUCCGGGGCCUUGGGUGAAUGGCUCGGAGUGGCCAGUCACUGGGGGGGCCUCCGGGGUCCAUGCGGCAGACAGUUGCAUGGGGGUUGGGAGCUUGGCCUCCUUCGGACCUGCCGAGGAGCGGUAGCUGCUGGGCAGGGAGGGGGGCAGCCAGCCGGGGAAGGUGGAGCCCUGCUCAGGGAGGGUGGCAGGGCCUGGGGUUGGGCGUGCAGAGGUUCUGUGUGGAAUGGGGGUGAGGUUGGCAGGGGCCUCAGGAGUGGGCUCUGGUUCUGCUGGAGGGGACGGGUGGGGUCUGAGAGCGAGGAGGGCGUGGUGACAAGGGAGGCGACGUGGCAGGGGCCUGGGACCCGCCUCCUGGGGGCACCUGGGUGGUCUCUUGGUGCAGAGGACAAGGGGACGCAGCUACCUUGGUGCUUAUUCCUCGCCUGGAAACUUUACUAGCUCUUUCUGGCACCUGGAGCCCCUGAUGACCUUGGUGACCCUUGCUGGGGCUUCCCUCCCCUGUGAGCCUCGACCGAUCGGGGCUCCCGGCUCCCGUGUGCCGAGCUUGGACUGCCCCUUCCUGGCCCUGCUGGAGAGAGGCUGGGGCCGCAGGGUCUGGGGGUGGCCGUUGAGCUCAGGCUCCCGGCCUCCUCAUGGCCCUGCCACCCACCACCUAGGGAGACCCCCACCCCCAGCAAGCCACAGGCCGCCCACACGGAAGAGGAGGAUUGGGCAGGGCAGAUGGCCCCAAGGGCUGCGUCUUCCUCCUGCGUCUGCUGUCAGGAGCAGCCGGGAAAGGUGUGCGGCCCUCGCAGCAUUGCCGUGCGGCCUUCGCCUUGGCCUUGUCCUUGUCCUGGGGUAAGGUGAAGGGUCUGGGGUGUGCUGGAUCCUUACGGAGAAGAAGGCCCAGUGUGUUUAAAAAAAAAAAACAAAAAAAACUGUUGAUACCAUAGCCAUGGUAGGUAAUCCACAUUGGAUAUCAAUAAGGACCAUGGGGAAAUAUUUAAAAGAGAGAAAGUAUAUAUAUAUAUAAAAUUAUAUACACAUUUUAUCGUACAGAUUUUUCGUAACUUUUCCUGUUUUUACUGUAAAUUCCUAAUAGAGCAGAGCUGCAGUUGGAGUAGGGUGGGGGUGGGAGCCAGUGGCCCCCGCCCCCGGCUCUGGGGAGGGAGGCCUGGGCUGCCCACCCGCCGCUUCCCUCUGAGUUCCCGCCAGCCCUCGGGAGCACCGAGGCCGCGCUUGGGGGGCCCUGGGGCCAGGGAAGGAAGGCCAGAGCCUUCCACCGAGUGCUUUUCCUUUCAGCUCACUGAGAUUCCAUUGUCACAGGUUUAAUAUAUGGAUUUUUUUUUUUUUAUUUAAGAGAAAAGGCAAGGACUUCUGUCCCUGGGGUUUGCUCCCCUGCCUCCGGGGCUUCAGACGCGGGUCCUUCCUGGGGACGGGGCCUCCUGCUUCCUCGCCUCCGUCGCUCGGCUGCUCCAGUUCCAUAUUUAUUUUUGUGCUGCUUUUAUCAUGGUAUAAAUUAUUGAGGAGAUCCCAUGUCGUCCCUGCGCCCGCGCCCCCCCGUCCCGUCGCGGUCCCCGCGCCCGCGCCCCCUCACGGCCACCACCUAAUUUAUUGCUGUACAUCUCCGCUGUGUGCUUUUGUACCUUCGCAAUAAAGAGUUUUCUGGUUUCA